UCUUUCAAUCCCCACCACCUCCCCAACCACCGCCGGCGAUCGCAAAAUCCGAACUUCCGGCGACCUACAUCAUUAAAUUCCGAUCACUUUCUCCAAUGGAAACCCCAUCAAUGAUCAAAACCAAGGAAUCAUCGAUGCAGAAAAGCGCCAAGCAAGAUCGGUCCGCACUAUUCGAUAUAACCAACGAUUCCCCAAUCGUAGGGCUUGCAAUUGGGAGUCUGAAAACCCCGUCUUCGGGCUUUUUGAAGAGGAGAGUCAGCAAUAAAGGGCGGUUCACCCGAACCCCGGGCUCUGGUGAAGCCAUCUUGAGAGGCCAGGUGAAGACCCUUCUCCAGAAGGUCGAGGAAGAGGCGACAAUCGCCCUCAAAAAACGGCCUUUCUUCAAUCUGAUCAGCUCCCCCAUCAAUUUAACUGCACCAACUCCUGCAAGCACACCUCAAUUGUUCAAUGUUGAUGGUGAUUGUGAUUUGCUCCCACAGAUGAGGAAUGGUGUAGUUGAUGAGGAGAAGCAUGAGAGCGUGAUCAGUAGGUCUCUGUUUCUUGAUUUCAUCUGUGGUGACAUGCCAUAACUUUGAAGGCUCAGUUACAUCAUAGAUUUUCUUGGGUUUUGGGUGUCUCUCUUUUGACUUUGGGAUGAUUUCUUUCCUUUUUCGAUUGUUCACAUACAUAAUUUGGGAUGGUUUGUUAUUUGAAUCAGAAUCCAAUUUUAUUGUGUUAGUAAAGAAUUGUUGACAUGGUUGAUUCUAUUUCGACAACUUUUUCUUUUA